AGCCACUAAACUUGCCCCCACACUGCGCGGCACCUGCCUCUGUUUUCUGGCUGCCGCACCAGUACGUCAUCUCCGCGUCUGCCAGUCCCGCUAGGCACAUGUACUGAUAAGAAUAGCCGGGCCUGUGCCGGGGACUUUGGGCGAGCAGUUCACUCUCGUUGCUGUGAUGAUGCCUCCCCGGGCGUGUACCCAGCUCGCUGUGCUGCUGUGUGUGCUGCUGCUGCCGUGCCGAUCGGGGAAACCAGACUGGAGCGGCCAUCCUAGUCGUGACGCGCCUUCGUGUGUUGCCGUGCUAAACAUGCCUGAAUUCCAGAAGCGGACGGUGCACAUCCGUGACCCUGAGCGGGUGGAGGCCAUAAUGUGUGGCCUCAUCGAGGGAGGAGCCUCAAAGCUGCAGAUCGUCACAGAUUUUGACAUGACUUUAACGAGAUUUUCGUACAAUGGGACACGCUGCCCAACCUGUUACAACAUCAUUGAAAGCUGCAAGUCCGUUACAGAAGAGGGAAUAAGGCAGCUGCAUGCCUUAAAAGACAAGUACUACGCCAUUGAAAUCGACCCAAAGCUGAGUAACGAAGAGAAGCUUCCCUACAUGGUCGAGUGGUGGACCAAGGCACACAACCUGCUGGUGCAGCAGGGCCUCCACAAGGAUGAGCUGGAGCAUGCUGUGAGAGACUCUGACGUCAUGCUCAGGGAAGGCUAUGUGUGGUUCUUCAACCGCCUGAACGAGCGGCACGUACCCGUGUUCAUCUUCUCGGCGGGUGUGGGUGACGUGCUCGAAGAGGUCAUUCGCCAGGCAGAUGUGUUCCACCCCAACGUUCAUGUCGUCUCCAACUACAUGGAUUUUGACGACGGCGGUGUGCUGCGGGGAUUCAAGGGAGAGCUGAUCCACAUCUACAACAAGCGAGAGGGCGCACUGCGCAAUGCCGAUUACUUCAAGCAACUGCGCAACUACAGCAACGUUCUGCUGCUCGGAGACUCGCUGGGAGACCUGCACAUGGCAGACGGAGUGCCCAGGCUGGACAACAUGCUCAAGAUUGGCUUCCUCAACGACAAGGUGGAGGAGAGACUGGAGAAGUACAUGGAAAUGUACGACAUUGUCUUGGUGCGAGAUGAGACGUUGGAGCUGGCCAAUGCCAUCCUGCAGAAGAUUCUGUAGCCCAAACACCAUGGUCCAUCAGUUACAGCAAAAAAAAAGUGACUCCACCAGUCCCACCCCAAUCCCCAUCAACCCCAGCAGCUCUGAUCUUUGCUCUUCCCCAUUCUUAACCGUUAACUGAAUGGCUUCAUACUGCAUGAGUAUGAAUCUGUUUCUAGUGUAAUCGUGCAAAACCACUGCACUAAAACCACUACGUUUGAAUCUCUAUCUCGCUUGGCACAUGUGCCUGAAAAUCUGUGGAGAACAUGUUGGCCAUUUUCUUUCAUUUGAAUCUUCCAAAUUGUAGAGAAACAUCAUCAUCCACUUUGAGAGUAAAUCGUGAACUUGAUUAUUUUUGAUCGAUAAAGCGGUCACUUAACAUUCAUUUUUAUUGCAAAAAUGCCUUUAAUUUGGAAAUAGCUAUUAAUUGAUAUCCCUACCUAUUCAAGCAUAUUCCAAAGAAGGUAACAACCAAUAUAUUCGGAACAGAAAGAGUUGAAGUAGAUUGAUACAGGGGGUUCUCAUGCAGUGGUUUUACAAAGUAAAUGUACACACAGGAAAAAAUUGCUAUUUUUACAGAAGCGUUCUUUGCAGAGUUAAACCAUGUUGUGGAUAGUGUUUUCUUAUUUAAUUUAAGAAUAUUUGUGAAACGGUAAUUGGGCAAACGGCGGUUUGUGCGUGGUGCGAGGGGAAACUGCAUGUUUGGCUGUUGUUCCUGUGGGGCAACAUCACACAGAAACUCUACAUAUGGCUGCCCUGGCUCACUGCUUGUGGCCACGUGUGCUAUUGAUCUCCUGCUUCUACAGAGAUCGGUGGCGCACGACAUCUGGUGGUAUGUGUUGCAAGCACCAAACCGAACCCCUGCUUCGUGUGAGGUUUAAUUUUGAGGAUAGAAUUGCACGUAGGGUGAGGAUUACUGCUUUUAAAGGUGACAGUAGUCCUGGUACUGUAUUAGGAUUGUUCAUUGCAAGUGUAGUGUUAUGGCUAGAAUUGCGUUUAGAAUGCACGUUUAGGUUGAUAGGGUUCGUUGUACGAUUGUUAGGAGAGUGUUAGUUUUGAGGUUAGGGUUAGCAUUCAAGUGAGUGUUAUGGUUCGUAUUAGUACAACACCAUGACCAAUGCAUUUAAUGAAAGUGCUUCGUGGAAAUGAUUUGCGAUAAAUGGAAUACCAAAUGUAAGGGUUUGAAUCUUGCUACUUGGAUGCAGCACCCCACCAAACCUGUCCACCAUCACCAUUAUUUAACUCCCAAGUCAAAUGCUUUCCUCUGCUUUUAAGUGCUGUGUGGAGCACUGCGUUUAAGGCAGUAUUCUCUUAACGAAGCACAAAGUUACGCUGGCAAAUUGACCAAACACCGUGCAUGGUUAGCCUUGUGCAUUUUUGGGUUUAGUACGCAAAGCAAUUUGUUGCCCUCUGUCGUCAGUGCACUCCCGAAAUGUGCCACAAAAGGUGCAAGGCACAUUUAACUUGUAGCAGUAUUGAAGGAAAUGUAUUUUAUCCAGUGCCAGGUGCCUCUGGAAUUGCAUUAAGAUUCAAUUGCUUUAUUUUUAUUGGAAUAAAUAUCUUUGUGCGUU